UUUUUAUAUUGAAUUGUAGAAAUCAUUGCUGUUAAAUACAGUUUCUGGCAAGAAAAACCUGCAUCAACAACGUUACUCGCCAAUAUGCAUUUAUCGGCUGUUAGAAUUAUUUCUUUGCUGCAUUGAUCAAUUCCAUCUUCAUUAUGUAAAAUGAGUUACAAAAAACAUGAAAAGCAAGAACUGCCUAGUGGAUGGGUGGUGAAGCAAUCUAAGUCGUAUCAAAGAGUCUACUACUUCAACACAUUGACAGGAGUUUCCACUUGGGAAGUCCCAGAGGUUCUCAAACCAUAUUUAAAGCCACCCGGAAAUCGAUAUGUCAAUAAACCUGUUGGGAGUAGUAAAUCAAAACCAGAGACAAGGCUUCAUCUGCUGGAACCACACACAGAUGUUCAGGAAGGUCAGUUUUCUCCCACACAGGACAGUGAUGAGGAGGAUAGCCUAGAUUUAGAACAUCAGCCACAUGAAAGAGCUAAUACUUCUAGUUCAGUUCAGUCACUGAGGUUUGGCUCAGAAAGUUUACGUUCAGGAAAUAGCGUUGUUAAUCAACAUGAGAAAAAUAUCAAACUUGGUACCAGACAAGGAAGCAAUCAGUGCAGAGUUACUUCACAGCCAGUUGUGUGUCAGACACCUGAGCUACUCAAACAGAAAGAAUUGUCUAUUGGUAAAUGUGAUCAACCUCACUCCAGUGAUAGCGUCAAAGUGAAGACUUAUGGAUCACCUUCUGAUGUACAAACACCAAGUAGAAAAAAAAUCUCCACAAAUGAUGAUAAUUUGACUAAAUCUGGGGAGGGUUUAACACAGGGACUUCAAAAAAGGAUUGGACCUUCUCCAGAAAAGCUUUCAUCUCAUUCAUCAGCCAUACAUUCAAAUUUGAAAAGAAAUGCAGAAUCAUUUACUAACAGUAGUUACUGCAGUAAAACCACUAAACGACAGAAAACUUCAGAAAUAUCAGAUUUCUCAGAUUCAAGAAAAGUUGUAAAAAAAUUGGCAUCAUCUCCAUCAUCAGCUGUGGACACCUUUAAUCUCUCCCCCAGGGAAUCAUCCCCAGACCCAGACAAUUUACUGUUAGGUGACCUCAAGAAACGCGAGGAUAUUCAGUCCUGGAUUAAUCACCUGGAGUCGGAUGAAGUACCAUCAGAUUCUCUCGGAGAGAUCUUGGAUCCAGGUCUAGAUCAGGAUUCAGAAGAUGCUGGAAAUCUCAUUCUGGAUAGGAGCAGUCGUAGAGUGAUGCUUCACUCCAAUGAUAGCGGAUUCCUGUCUUUGGGAGAUACAAGCAAUAUAAGUGGCAUUACUAUGACAAUAAAAAAUGAUGGCCCUGUAAAAAAAGCUAUUGUCAAUCCAUGGAAAGGAGUGCAUGAAAAUCCCGUCCCAAUCCAUCACAAUCGACGAGAAGAAAUAAGCAUGGAAAUCGACGAGGUUCAGCAGGUCCUUAAUAAAGAGGAGGAACGACAGAUUGAAGAAAUGGACGUGUCAGAUAUUGUGCUGAGGGAGGUUCGAGACUCCGUGAAGAAAUGUCCAGAUGAGGUCAUAGGACAGCUUACCCAAGUCUUUACAACCGACCAACCAGAGCAUAUUCAUAACGUAGAUCAGGAUUUAUACAUAGUUGUUGACACAAAUGUCUUCAUAAGUAACCUGGCAUUUGUGGAGGAUCUUAGAGACCACUGCUUUGAAAAUUUCGGUCUUCCAGUGCUAGUCAUACCUUGGGUUGUGAUGCAGGAGUUAGAUGCUUUAAAAUCUAACAAGUCUUCAGCUGCUACAAUGUCCAUGAAGAUUGGUAAAUGUGCUCGUGAAGCAGUUGGAUACAUAUAUCAGUGUUUCCAAGACAACCACCAGAGAGUGAUAGGUCAAGGUGCAGCACAGGCAUCUGCAGCAUCUAAAGAAUUCCAAGCUGAGUGCAGUGAUGAUAGAAUUCUGCAAACUUGUAUGCAGUGCCAGAAAAACCGUCUAAAUUCCACUGUGAUUCUGCUCAGUAAUGAUAAAAACCUUCUGAACAAAGCAAGGGUGUGCAAGAUUACUGCUUUUGACAGAUUUCGUUUAUUAAAUGGAAUAAAAUGUCUGCAGACAAAACGUCCCUACAAGAUUGAACAGACCUUAGUCCAUAAAGAAUCCCUAGAGAAGCCGUCGAAAGCUGGUGCAAGUUGUCCUGUUGAUGUUCCCCCUGAUAAUCACAGUCAUCUGUUGGAUGAAAUGCUCUGCAAGUUAAAGAUGUGGCUGAAGGAUGCCCUGUCCAGUGUGUUGGAGACAGAAAUGAAGGCAGCGUAUGAUGACAUCUGGAUGGAGAUUGUCUUAAGGAAGCCUCCAUGGACACUCUCUGAUGUCUUGGAAUGCUUUAAGAAGCAUUGGAUUGCAGUCUUUGGUCAGAUCUACGAGAGAAGUUUAGUGAGCGUCGUGGACAGACUCUGUGCUAGAUUUAAACCUGUAACUCAUUUUCAGGUGAGCAUAGAAAUCCUCCUGUACUUGCUGAAUGACUGUCUGGGAUUAUUGGAGGAAUGCAAUAAACACAACAAGAAUGAUCUGAAAGUUGCUGAGGCUUUAUUUGGAAUGAAGAAAUGUGAAGAACUCUGUCGUGACCUUAAAACUGGAGGGGUCAAGGUUAACAGCAUUGAAGACUAUCUGAAAGGAAAGCCAAAGCAGACUGACAUCAAGACAAAGAUGUGUAUGGACAAAAAUAAAAACAAUGUGGACCAAUUAAGUGUUGAGGAUGUGGAAUCUAAACUAACCAAUAUCUGGGAAGUGGUGUAUUUUUGUUGUGAGGAUUUUCAAAGGGUGAUCGAAAACAGAAGGAGAAAUUGCAGUACUGAUCCUGAGCAACUUGAAAAAAUGUCCCUUGUGUUCCAAAAACUCAUUCCAGCACUGGAUGCAAUCAGAUACGAAUAUGAACAGGCAUUGCGAUUCAGUCCCAAGGAAAUCCUGGAGAAAGCAGCCCUUGUUCAUGGGCUGUGUGUUCAGUUGAAUAGUUUCUAUAUCAGAUUAAAUCUAAAGGCAAAGGAUGGUGAAUUGGAAGUGACUAAUUUGCAGGCAUUAUUUGGAAUAGAAAGCAAAAGACAAAUGCUUAAAGAUGGCUUGGAUCACCUAGAUAAAAUGAUUCACAAAAUUCAUGAGCAAAUGAAAAUCAUACAAGGAUGAAACUUUAGAAGACUGUCUGAUGUUUUGAAGAAUGUGUAGAAGAGUUGUGUUGGUUUACUCUGCUACAUAUCAUUUGCAAGAUCAUAAUGACCAAUACCAGUCAUACAGCUGUACUUGUAAAUAUGUUUUGAGAGAGAGAGAGAGAGGGAGAGAGAGGAGCUGUGUUCGUGUUGGUGUGUUUGAUGUUUAUACAUGUAGUACUUGUGUUGAAUAUUUUAGGGUUUGUUUUUCUUUUUUUUGAGGUUUUUGUGAAAAUUUUGUCUGAUUUGUCCUAUUAUAUAGGAGUUAUUAUCAACUGUUUUUGACUUUUCAGGUAAAAAAUUGAUUUGAUACUAUUUUGUACUUGGGUGUUGUAAUUUAUGAAAGUCAAUUUUUGGUUGUUGUUGCCAGUGACUUUUAAUUGUAAAUUUGCUUGUUUAUAUCUUUUGUCAUCAUCAUGGUAUGUAUAACAUUGGCCUAGUAUUAAGCAAUAUUAAUUUUAUCUCAUAAUGAGGUCACACGUGUUCAUUUGCAUGGUGCUAAUUAUACUCUUCAUUUUGUGUCCAAAACCAUUGAAGAUGUGAAUAUGCACUUUAGUGAAAUAUCUGGUGAAUGUCAACAGCAAUGUUCCUGUAACAACAAAUUCCAGAAUACCAGGAGAUUUUUCAAUUGAUUGCAGGAUUGCUUAAACAUUUGGGUCUGCCAAGUAAUAUAAUUUCAUCACUUUAAUAUCAGGUCUGAUUCUAGGUCAUGUGGGUACUCAAGUUUACAUUAUUAUGGUAUAUUCAACCCAAUCAUAUUGCACAUAAAAAAAAAACCCCAAAAAACAUCUACAGCACUCUCAUCUAUUGUUAGCUAAUCUAUGUAUAGUCUUUUGAAAAGAAUUUUCAGCUGGCCAGCACUGAAUUCUGUUCAAAAUAGGUUGGAAUAUAUUUUUAAAAAAUGAAAUUCAAGACAUUUUUGAAGAAAUAAAACUUACUUUAUUGUUAUGCUUGAUCAGUAAGUUCAUUAUCUAGAUUCAGACCUAUUGUGUUACCUGACAGACCAAAUUGUAUACCCUAUUAAGCAAUCGAUCAAGAAAUUUUUAAUUGAAAACGGUAUUCUGUAAUUUGUUGUAAACACGUAUUGAGGUACAGAUUUUCAGAUAUCAUAUUGUUAAACACUUAGUAUUAUUAAGUACAUAUCAUGCAGCUGGUACUUGUUAUUCUGUCUCUUAUGUAAUACUACAUGUAUAUGUAAUUGGGUAUACCAGUUGUUGAAAAUUUACUCAAUUCAAUUAGAAUUAGUGUAUAGUUUCUGAAAUGUUUUCUUUAUCAACAACAAACAAAACGCAAAAAAUUCUUUAUCAACAACAAACAAAACACAAAAAAAAAGACUAUUCAUAUUCGUUGUUGUGUAAAGGAGGCUACACCACUGUAUUACAUGUAUAUACAUAGUAAUGAUUUUGUAAAGAGAGGUCUAAUUUGUGUUUGUAUUUUAACUGUGUUUGGUGCUUCACUCAUAAAUUGA